UAUAUCAGAACAAAUGAUUCCAAUUAUAUUUACAUAUAUUUUAACUACAUUCAAAAAUUUACACUAUUUAAAAUUUGGCUCAUCUUCGAUUUCUUGUCCAUGAUUAUCAUUUUAUAUUACACGUCCAUUUAUUAUCUCACUGAAUUUAUUAGAAUUACAUAUUAAUUUAGAAUAUUUUACUAAUUGUCUUUAGCUAUGUAAUGAAUGUUUUAAUCAACUUCAUACAUUUUAUGUUAAUAUUUUACGAAUUCAAUCUUCGAAUCAAAUAAUUAAUAAUACAGAAAAAUCAUCUAAAUUGAAAUGUUUUCCACUUUCCUAUGGAAUAUUUAAAUGUGUUCGUAAAAUAUUAUUAUUUGAUGAAUAUCCAUUUGAACAUGAAUUUAUUCUUCAAAUUUCAAAAUCAUUUCCAUUUUUAGAAAAAUUAACUAUAGUCAAUCGAAAACGAUAA